AAAUGGUUUUCUCCUUUAGAUAAUAUAAAAUAUAGAAAUAAAUAUAUGUGACAUACUUUUCUAUACUUGACCUAAAAUUAGGUAAAAAAAAUAAUUAAAAAUACAAAAAAACAUAACAUUAUUUAUCGCAUUAAAGCGAGAGACGUGAACUUGAUUUCAAGUCCAAUUAUCCGAAAACAAAGAUUAAUCGCGAAUUCUAAUUACAACCGUGAAUACGGGUCUUAGAAGUCGAAAAUUAAUCGCGAUCAAAAGUUACGAUGACGUAAAGUAAUACCGUAUAUAAAAAAAUUAUCUGUUUGUCUGAUUUGCUCGCAAAAUUCUUCAAAAUUGCUCUCAACUUCCUAUUUUUCGCACGUGAUAUCACAUCUCUGGCACUCGUCUGUGCUGCAGUUAUAAAUGGGGGGCAAUGUAUACGAAACUACAACCUUAUCAAAGUAUACAAUCCGUCACGUCAUGUUUAUAUCAGCACCUCGUACGCUAUCAGUAUUGGAAAAAUCCUAGACACAAAAAAAUCUACUAUCCUAAGGAUAUUCCUAAAUCUACUAUCAAGCAAUUUCAUAAGACCUUAACGUGCCGUGAACGCGACAGUAACAAUGGUGAUAGGACGGAUAACAUACUUAACAUGAGUAACAGCCAGUACUUGGAUUACAUGUACAAGGCAUGGCUCAAGGACCAGAAAUCUGUGAGCUCCUCAUGGGAUUUGUAUUUCAAAUUAAUCCACACCAAAAGCUCGAGGGAUUCUCGUGAUAAAUCCAACUCGAUUCGCGUCACUUCGUCCUCUAAGUUAAUGUCAUCAAACUUAGAAGGAGGACAAUCGAAUACAACAUUGCCAAAAAAAUCCCAGGAAAUUCCGGGAAAAUCGGACAAUGAUCAGAUGCAGGGGGAUCAAUUUAUAAUCAGCGCACUUAAUAUCAAUGAUACGAUUCGCGCUUAUCAGGCACGUGGUCAUCUUAUAGCCGACACAGAUCCGUUGGGCAUACAAAAUCCAGAGUCAGCGAAGCUACAGGGCACUGCGAAUUUGCCACCGGAGAUUGUGGUGCGACAUCAUCUCAAGGGCAUGACGGAAGCGGACAUGAACAGAGAAUUCCCUCUCGCUUCUCUAACUGUUAUCGGUGGUGAGAAAAGGAGUUUACCAUUGCGAGAGAUACUGAUGAGACUCAAUAAAAUCUAUUGCGGUCAUCUGGGUCUGGAAUACACGUACAUUCACGAUCUCAGUACGGUUUUACAGAAAAUGUCGCAUAGAGUUAUGAAAUAUAUUGAACAUGCAUUUUAUCAGUUAGAUUGGUUGAGGGAAAAGUUUGAAAUACCAGGCGCCUGGGAAUUGCCCGCGGAACACCGGAAGUGGAUCUGGAUGAAUAUCAUGAGAGCCGUGAGUUUCGAGAGUUUUUUAGCGAAAAAAUAUGGAACGGAGAAGAGAUUCGGAUUAGAAGGUUGCGAAUCGUUUAUACCGGCCAUGGCGGAAUGUAUAGAAACAUCGGCGUUAAAUGGAGUGGAAACUGUAGUAAUUGGAAUGGCACAUCGCGGUCGUCUGAAUACUUUGGUAAACAUAUGCUCGAAACCGAUGAGUCAGCUGUUCACUCAGUUUAAUCCGAUUGCACUGGAAGGAUUCGGUUCUGGAGAUGUCAAAUAUCAUCUUGGGACGCAUUCGGAGAAAUUAUUGGAGAGAACUAAGAAAAAAGUGUUUCUUGCUAUAAUGGCAAAUUCGUCCCAUUUGGAAGCGAUCGAUCCAGUUAUAGUCGGCCGAGUCCGCGCCGAACAAAUCGAGAAAGGUGACGCUAAACAGGGCAAGAGAUCAUUGGCUAUUCUGGUUCAUGGCGAUGCCGCUUUUGCUGGUCAAGGUGUCGUUUAUGAAACAAUGCAUCUCACCAAUCUACCGGAAUAUACGACGGGCGGCGUCAUGCAUAUUGUAAUUAAUAAUCAAGUACUGAGAGCGAUGGACAGACGAGCAAAACUCAUGGAAUCUCGGAAAAUUGAUUGGGCAAUGGGGGAAUGUCUGGCUUUCCUCAGUUUGUUGAAGGAAGGUCAUCACGUUAGACUGUCCGGGCAAGAUGUCGAGCGUGGCACCUUCACCCAACGUAUACAUAUUGUUCACGAUCAGAGCAGAGACAAGAUCUACAAGAAUAUUCUGCACGACGUUUUUCCCAGGCAAGCUUUGUACACGGUUACGAAUUCGUCGUUAUCGGAAUACGGCGUGUGCGGUUUCGAAUUGGGAUAUUCUGCGUAUAAUCACAACUCUCUUACACUCUGGGAAGCACAGUUCGGCGAUUUUGCCAAUACCUGUCAGGUCAUACUAGACUGCCUGUUAUGUUCCGGACAAGCCAAAUGGGGCAGACAGGUGGGAUUGGUGCUGCUGUUGCCGCACGGUAUGGAGGCCCAAGGGCCGGAACAUUCGUCCGCCAGAUUGGAGAGAUUCCUUCAGCUAUGCGACGACGAGUGUACUCACGUGCCCGGAACGGAGUCCGGCGCCUCCGCCGGCGAGACUGUCGAGGAGAUCAUAACUAGGCAGCUUUACGAGAUAAAUUGGAUCAUCUGCAAUCCCUCGACACCUGCCAAUCUGUUUCAUCUUCUGCGUCGGCAGAUAUUAAUGCCGUUUCGAAAACCGUUGGUUCGUCUGUGUAAUAUCCUUAUGACCCCUAAAUCAUUGCUACGUCAUCCAAUGGCGAUAUCGAAUUUUGAGGAAAUGGGACCAGGUACAACUUUCAAGCACAUUCUACCGGAUCUUUCCGUGAAUCCCGGAAACGUGAAGAAAGUAUUGCUUUGUACCGGGAAAGUGUAUUAUGAUUUGAUCGUCGAGCGUCAAGAGAGACAAGUGGAGGAUAAAAUAGCGAUUAUAAGAAUCGAGCAGCUCUGCCCUUUUCCAUAUCACCUUCUCGCGGCGGAAAUGAAGAAAUUUCCACGAGCCAAAAUCAUGUGGGUGCAAGAGGAGCACAGGAAUCAAGGUGCUUAUUAUUACGUGAGAGAUAGGAUAGCCUUGACAUUGAGAAUUCCAUUAGAGGAUGUGAAGUAUGGCGGUCGUCUUGCUUCUGCUGCGCCAGCCACCGGCAGCAAGAUUAUUCAUAAGAACGAAUACGAUAGUAUGAUGACAAUGGCGAUGAGUCUCGAUUAAUUAUAUAAAACCAUGAUUUUUUAAAAAAUUUACGCAAUUGACUCACCAAAUUCAACAGACAUAAAUAUUCAGCACUUUCUUGCGUUGCGUACGAAAAAGUUCUUUUACUCAAACAAUUCCACAUUACAUUCUACGUUAUUUCUAUCGCGAAAUGUUUCAUAUAAGCACGAGUUGCGUGAACGUUCGACAUAGGACUAAACGUUGAUUAAGUUGGGAUGAUAAUGUUACCGUCCCUGGUAGAAAAAAAUUUACACCUCGGACAAAGGCCACGGUCGUUAAACGCGACUUCAAUAACUUCCUCUAUAUAGUCAACUAACAAUAAUAGUAUUGUCUUUGCCUUAAAGUAGCAUUUUUUUGCGUUGUACCAAGAAAUUAGAUUCAGCGAAAAAUCUUAUCGCGUUUUAUGCGCAUUCUGAAAAUAACAUUUUGUUAAACUGAAGGAGCGGUUGCGAUAAACCUUUAUCACAUUGAACGGCUUCAAACUUGCUCGGUAUCUUCAAUCUUUGCGGUCUUAUUCAUUCAAGAAUAAACUUCGAUUAUACCGGAAUUAUUACUGUUUAUCACGUUUUAAAUCGGAAGUUUGUACAACGCAAGCUACGUUACGUCACACUAUGACGUCACAUUUUCGAAUAAAAAUUUCAUCUACUCUCGCGAAUUGUAUUAAUAAAUUAUAUAAUUUACAUAGUUGAACAAAAGAUAAAUGAUUCAAAUAAAAAAAAUAUAUUUAUAUAGAUAUUACUUGUUAAAUUAUAUGUUCAAAAAAUCUGAUAACGAAUAAAUACUUCAGAGAUAAGAUAGCGUGAAAUUAAAUAAUGUUUGUUCAAAAAUUUUAAUAGUUUUUCAUGUAUCUUAUACGUCUUACCAUAUCGCUGUCUUGAAGAUGCUCAAAUUUCAGCAACAAGAAAGGACUUCUUUACCUAUUUUGACUUUUACACACUUUUGUUCGUUAUAAGAAUUAUGCACUUUAUCGUAUGUACAAAUCGUGUUCUCACUAUCACUGAAUAUAUUUUUCAAAUGUCACUCAAUGUA